AUGACGAACAGAGAUUCACCAUCUAGCCGCAAUGGCAAGAAGUCAGCAAACGCAAGGGUAUCUCUUCAACAUCAGGAUUACAGGCCGUUCGAAACUCUCGAACCGGACGUUGUCUUCACCGGCACCGUUCCCACUCGCUGGGCUAUAAUGUACGUUGACAGAUCCGGAAACGUCAGAGAAAUGUCAAAUCUUUAUACGUCUGUUUUCGAUUCCCGUGCGCGAGACGCAUUCGCAUUCGCACAAGGUCUUUUGCCAAAUAGGCAAGAUUCCCUUCCUUCUCCGCAUACGGCCUACCGUCCCGGCCAUAGGAGACAGUCUUCGUGUGCAAGGCAAUCAAAGCGGCAGAGAGCUGAAUUUAGCGAGGAGCCACUGAGUGUUGAGGUUGUUGAAGCUUUUGAAAACCCAGAAAAUCAGGUCCUCCUAGAAAUUGGUGACACGAAGAAAGUCACCGCAUUUUAUACAACGGCUUUCACACGAUUGCAACAAAUCAACUGCCGUUUACUGGCUAAGAACUUUAUCAAAAUUAUCGAGCCUCGUAAGCAGGUCAGACACCCAUACAACGGCGGAAGAAAAUCGGGCGGAGCACCCGGUGAGAAGGGAGACCCCGAAGACACAAAGCCUGACUGGUGGCCUCGCAAUAUUAUACACAAGGAACCCGACCAUCUCAAGAAGAAUUAUCGUGUGAAGCUUCUCGUUCAUCUUGUCCAAAACCUCUUUCCUAUCGGAAUAACAGUAGAUUUACUCGAAGAAGCUGUCGGCGAUACCAGGAGACAUCUUGUACCUGAAGAGAAAGCCGAGGAGAAAGCUGCAAUGCUAGAAGAAAUAAUCCGCGUCAGAAAGAGCGAAGAGCGGUACCUGAGCAAUAAAAUUGACGGAACCACUCAGGUUUACGUUACCGACUACGACAGAGAUAGGAGGGGAGAGCCCGAAUCUGACGAUGAAGGAGAGACGUCCAAAGUAAUUCCUCCUCCUGCAAGUGCCGGUUCCUCGCCACAGAUACAGCACCUCGAAGCCUCCCAGGGUCCUUUAGACGUGGCCAGUAUGCCCCAGUACGUAUCGCCAUUGGAGACUACCUCGAGCUUUCAGAUGCCCGCCGAAUUAGGCUUUACGAUACCCGGACAGCGAACACAAGAAUUCGUAUCUACGCAGUCUGAGUUCGGCCAUCUUAACUUUGCUAAUACACUAAUAACAGGUCCGCUGCCGACUCCCACUCACAACCAGUUCAUGGAUCACUCCCAAUUCGCAGAGAUCAGUCCAACAAACCAUCUACUCGCUGUUAGUCCGGCUCAUGCACAAGCGAAUCCUUCUGCGUCUUUUCCGGUUUGGUCUUCCGCGUCUCAGCAAAACAUAUAUUCACCAGUCGAUUACAGUAACAAAGCUGGUCGUCAGAUGCCACCGCACAUGGUGUAUUCGUCAUACAGACCAUACUCUUCACUACAAGACGUUCCCCAAACUAUUUCAGUACCAGAAUUUUCACGCCCUCCAGAUUAUGACAUGGCAAACAUGAACAGCCUCUCUUUCCGAACUGGUUCUUUGAGUCAGCCACACAUUGUGCACCACCGCAAUAGUGGGGAUUACGUACGUACUAUGGUGAGGGGCCUAGCUGGACAGUCUGCCUUAUGUGAUCACGCAGACAGUCAUAAAAAUAAGGCAUGGCAGAACUAUGCUGCAGCAACCGCAGCAUCUUGUGCGAAAUGUAUCUUGGCAUACUGGCAGGGCGGUUCUCAGCAACGGCGACCAGAAACCUCAAGUCUUCCUAAGCCAGCUUCAACUGUCCCCUUCGAGAGAGACACAAUGUUCGUUGGCCGAGAAGAAAUUAUUUUGAGUAUUAUAGACGCUGUUCAGGAAAGAAAUUGGCAGACUUCUAAGCGCGUCGCACUCGUUGGCUUAGGAGGCGUAGGAAAGUCUCAGAUAGCGAUCGAGUAUACAUACCGCGUUCGAGAUUCUGCGCCGAAUACAUGGAUAUUUUGGGUUCACGCGAGUAAUACAACGAGAUUUGAGCAAGGGUAUCGGGAGGUCGCAGCAGUCGCAAAGAGUCCUGGACGCGAUGAUCCAAAAUGCGACGUCCUAGAGCUGGUUAAGAAAUGGCUAAGUGACGAGACGAAUGGCAACUGGUUGAUGAUCCUGGACAAUGCAGACGAUGUUGAUCUGUUUUUCAACACACUUGGUGACAAUAUGCCUUUAGUGGAUUACCUGCCUUAUGUUUCCCAUGGAUCGAUUCUUCUUAAUUACAACGAUGCUCAUGAUCUUCGACGAGAUCGAAGUAUCCGACAUCCAGUCAUCACUACAUGGCAGAUCUCAUUUGAUCAGAUCCGCCGCACAUGCCCUAAAGCUACAGAUUUGCUGGCUUUGAUGAGCAUGUUUGAUCGACAGGGAAUUCCAGAAGAGUUGAUAAGCGAAGGGACCGACCGAUUACAAUUUGAGGAUGCAAUUGCCCCAUUGAUAAGCUUUUCUCUCAUCCAAGUCGAGGUUGGCAGAAGGUUGUUCGAACUGCACCGUUUGGUCCAAGUAUCCGUUCGACAGUGGCCGAAGAAACAAAGUCAGUUUCAUCGGUUAGCCGGACAAAGCCUGCGAGCGCUGGAAGCAGUAUUUCCAAGCGGGGAUUAUGCGACAUCAGCAUCUUGCCAAAUACUCCUUCCACAUGUAAAAGAGACGAUUUACUUCAGUAACUGGUUAGAUGAGGAAUCUUAUUUAAUAAUGUCGAGUGCCGCCAAUCGAUGUGGCCACUAUCUUUAUCUUGCGGGAAGAUACGAGGAAGCAGAUUUCAUGGAACGACGGGCACUUGCUGGUAAAGAAAAAGUUGUUAACAAUCUAGGCUCGGUGCUUGAAAGUCAAGGGAAAUACGAGGAGGCAGAGGCCAUGCAUCGACAAGCACUCGCUGGUAAAGAGAAAGUGUUAGGCGCUGAUCAUCCUGAAACACUGACUAGUGUCAAUAGUCUAGGCUCAGUGCUUCAAAGUCAGGGAAAACUUGAAGAAGCAGAGGACAUGCAUCGACGAGCAAUUGUUGGUUUUGAGAAAGCGUUAGGCGUUGACCAUCCUGGCACACUGGCUAGUGUCAGUCAUCUAGGCUUGGUUCUCGGAAGACAGGGAAAAUAUGAAGAGGCGGAGGCUGUGCAUCGACGAGCACUCGCUAGCAGAGAGAAAGUGCUAGACAAUCACGAUCAUGCCGGUGAAAGAAUGGAUCGGUUGAGGAGGAUUGUCAGUACGGCUGAUAAAGGUCAUGGUGAAUUGGGCAUGUACGGAUCUCGUUGGAUUAGAGAAGUAGCAGUUUGUGGAAAAUAUCUGCUGCGCGCUUCACCACCGGUCAUUUUUUCCAUCUUAGAGGCAAUGCGGUCAAUUCAUUGUGGGGUGCAAUCACCAGCAGAGGAAUCAUCCAUGGUGACGUCACGGGUGAAAGGUUUUCACAGCCCUGAACUAUCGCAGUGAUCAUUAUUUGUGGUGAAAUUCUUGAUCCAUGUAUAUUUAGAGCACGCAACAGGGCCACGCAGACUUUCCUUGGGGAAGCUAUGAUCUAAACUGGCGCAAUUGGUCAUGAAUCAAUUCGACGGAUGCUCAGAGCCGAUUUCACUUCUAGCGUCACUUCGCAAGAUACUAGAAUCUGA